AAACCUCCCGCGAAGCCUUUUACCAGAAAAUCGGAUUCCGAUAAGUAAGAGAGAGAGAGAGAGAGAGAGAGAGAGGAGAGAGAGACCACCACAACUACUACAAUGGUGACUCUACAGUUGCUCACUGAUUGCUCCAUCCAAACUCUGAGAGCUUGUUCUAGUAGUCGUCCUCAGCGUUACAAAAGCAGCUCCGCCGUCCAAGCUCUGAGUACUAGAGCCUGUCUCCACCACAACCCCCAGUCAAAGCCGACUACUACUUCGUUGCCUUCUUAUCUCAGCCGCAGGCAUCUGAUAGCCGACACGGCCGCCGUUUCGAUUGCGGUUUCUUCCCCUCUCAUCGGCAUUUCGAAACCGGCGAAAUCAGAAGAGGGUGGUCUGUCCGAAUGGGAAAGAGUUUUCCUGCCCAUUGAUCCCGGUGUCGUCCUCCUCGACAUCGCUUUCGUUCCCGACGACCCCAAUCACGGUUUUGUACUGGGCACUAGGCAGACUCUUCUAGAGACAAAAGAUGGGGGGAAAACUUGGGCUCCACGUUCGAUACCUUCUGCUGAAGAUGAAGAUUUCAAUUACAGGUUCAACUCCAUCAGCUUCAAUGGGAAAGAGGGAUGGAUUGUUGGAAAACCGGCUAUUUUGUUGUACACUUCUGAUGCAGGGGAUAGCUGGGGGAGGAUACCAUUAAGUAAUCAACUUCCUGGUGAUAUGGUUUACAUAAAAGCAACUGGAGAAAAGAGUGCAGAGAUGGUAACUGACGAGGGUGCAAUUUAUGUGACAUCAAACAAGGGCUACAACUGGAGGGCUGCUGUGCAGGAGACUGUUUCAGCUACUCUUAAUAGAACAGUUUCUAGUGGUAUUAGUGGUGCAAGCUACUACACAGGAACUUUUAAUACCGUGAAUCGCUCUCCUGAUGGAAGUUAUGUUGCUGUUUCAAGCCGUGGCAACUUCUACCUGACAUGGCAGCCAGGACAGCCAUACUGGCAGCCACAUAACAGGUCAGUUGCAAGAAGAAUUCAAAACAUGGGAUGGAGAGCUGAUGGUGGCCUUUGGCUCCUUGUUCGUGGUGGGGGACUUUAUCUUAGCAAAGGCACAGGGAUAACAGAAGAUUUUCAAGAAAUUCCUGUACAAAGUCGUGGUUUUGGCAUUCUUGAUGUUGGCUAUCGUUCUCAGGAUGAGGCUUGGGCAGCUGGGGGCAGUGGGAUUCUGUUAAGAACCAACAAUGGGGGCAAGACAUGGAUCCGUGACAAGGCAGCUGAUAAUAUUGCAGCAAAUCUCUAUUCUGUAAAGUUUAUCAAUGACCAAACGGGGUUUGUGCUGGGAAAUGACGGCGUCUUGCUUCGGUAUCUCGGAUAAAGCGUCUCAACGACUCAAGCAAUUUUCGAACUGCUUAUAUGCUGGCAUUCACACUACAAGGAAAGAGUAAUAUUUACUUGAUUCAAUUUUGUAAUUGCGAGCAACACAGUUUUUGUAAUUAUGAUUCCAACUAUUGAAAGAACAAAAGAAACCAAAAAGAAGAAGGGUUGUGUUCAGAAUUUACAGUUCUUUGCUAGAAGUGUAAUGCAAGAAUGAAUUUUUUCACAC